AUGUCUGCAACUAUUAUACUAAGCGCACGACCGGCAAAAGAAAAAUUGGAAGCUCUUCUCAAAGAAGUCCAAGAAAUGGAUCUGACGCCUUCGGAGCAAAUGUUGACCAGAGAAGAAACCCGUCAACAGCACGAGGCUCGAAAAAGAAUUAUUGAAGCAAAAAUAAUGCGUCUCAAACUGCAUAUUGGCACACUUGAGACAAUUAAUGCUAACUGGGUCCAAUGCAUACAACAGGUUCCAGCAACGAACAGAAAGGAAGAGGAAGACAAAUACGUCAAAAUGGUCGAAGAUAAAAGAGCAAUAGGUGAAAAUCUCGAACAAUCCAAUAUUGAAAUUAUCAUUGAAAAUAAACUGCCUGCCUGGAUUCUGGACAGAGUGUAUCAACAAAAGGAACAAGAAAUAUGCAAAGAAGUUGAAGCAGUUAAUUUAGAUAUGCCAAAGGUUUCAAAUAAAAUUGUAGUUUUAUUUGAUGGCGGUGCUCAAGCAACGUGUAUAUCGAAGAAACUAGCAAAAAGAUUACAUUUAGAAGAUAUUGAUUAUGAACAAGUGACAUUCGCGGGGUUCGGCAAUAGGAAUCCUCAAACAUCGCUUUUUGCUAAAGUGUGA